AUGACGAAUUUUAAUGCUCUGAAGGUGGCAUGUGACGAGGAGAGAGCGUCAGGAUCUGAGCCGCUCUGCAGUCUGCAUGCAGAAACACUCAGCUUGUUCUGUGUGGAUGAGCAGCAGCUGCUGUGCCGCGUCUGCAGUGAGUUAGAGAGACACAGCGAACACAAGCUGCAGCUCGCCAACGAGGCCGGAGAGCAGGCCAAGAAAACCCUGGAGGAUUCCCUGAAGCCCUUAAGAAAGAGGAUGAGGCUCAUCCAUGAAGUGAAGGGAAGCUGUGAUCAAAGUGCAGGUCACAUCAAAACUCAGGCUGAAGCUACAGAGAGGAAGAUCAAAGAGGAGUUUAAAAAGCUUCACCAGUUUCUGGAGGAAGAGGAGGAGGCCAGGCUGAAUGCACUGAGGGAGGAAGAGGAGCAGAAGAGUCACAUGAUGGUGGAGAUCAGAGCGCUGAGCAGAGAGAUCUCAGAUCUGUCAGGAAUAAUUAAAACCACAGAGCAUGAACUGAGAGCAAAAAAUGUUCAGUUUCUGCUUAAUUACAAAGAAAUGGUGGAGAGAAUCCAGGAGCAGCCGGUUCCUGAUGAUCCAGAGAUGAUCUCAGGAGCGCUGAUCGAUGAGACCAGAUAUCUGAGAAACCUGAGCUUCAACGUCUGGAGCAAAAUGAAGGACAUGAUCUCCUUCACUCCUGUCGUCCUGGAUCCAAACACAGCCCAUCCAGACCUCACUCUGUCCGACGAUCUGACCAGUGUGACGCACGGCACGGGAAAACAGGAACUUCCUGACAAUCCAGAGAGGAUCAACCACUUCUUUUCUGUCGUCGGCUCGGAGAGUUUCACCUCAGGAUGUCACAGCUGGGAGGUGGAGGUAGGACAAAACGAUGCCUACGUUCUGGGUGUGCUAGCGGGGUCAGAUGUGAGGAAAGGCGUCAUCUGGCCCGGACUGUGGAGGAUCAUGUUCUGCAAAGGAGAAUACAAAACACUUUCCCUAACAGAUACAGGAUCUGACGUCUCUGUGAAGGGAAACCCAAGAAGGAUCCGAGUUUUUCUGGACUAUGAUGGAGGACGGCUGUCGUUUUCAGAUGCAGAAACUGGAGCACACAUACACACCUUCACACACACUUUCACCGACAGGUUGUUUCCAUACAUCAGCACCUGGAGCGGGGUCACAAUAAAGAUCGCACCGCAGAAAAUCACUGCUGCAGUGGAAGAGCAGCUUUAGAAACUCUACUGUCAGAAAAUGUUUCCUCACUAAAUGGCGACACGUUCUGACCAAAAAUGUAGUGAAUACAAUGAAUGUACAUUAUUAAUGAAAAGUUUCAUAGCUUAUGCUCUCAGAGGAACUCUCAUGAUUUUUAGUUUAUUAUGAAGGAAUGUUCAGGAAUUAUAAUAGUUUUUAGUCCUUUCAUUUUAUUUAUUUUAUGAAGGUGUUUCUAAUUGAUCAGCGUAAAAAAAUUGAUUCUGCUUGGAGAAAUGU